AUAAAGAAUUAUCACACAUUCUAUAAUCUUAAAAUGUAUUGAACACCCCCCGUAAAAUAAAGUUACAAAUUUCAAACUUUUUCUGUGGUUGUGUGGAAUGUGGUUGAUCUAUGGUUUCAACUAACCUACUUUUACAAGUAUUGUGGUUUUACGUGACUUUUUGUCAUAAUGGUUAUUAAUACAUUUUUUACUAAUUUGAUGUAAUUAAGAACACGGAAAUACAGGAAAGGUUAUUAACGAAGAAAUGGAUGUCCAAAAUGUUAAAGAAGAAAUUGAUGCAUACGAUGAUUUUCUGUCUAAGGUCCAUGUAAAACAAGAAUUAAUUGACGAAGUAUCCGCAAUAAAAAUUGAAAAUAUAAAUGAACAAAUAAAUGGAAUUUAUCCAAUCAAACUAGAAAUCAACGAUGACUUGAAUACAAAUAAAAUAUUUGAUAACAAUGGAGAUAUAAGUAAUAAAACAAAAAGGAACAUACUCAGUACCCACAUCAUAUUAAAGAAACUGGAAUAUUCAAAAGUUUCCCAUAGAAAGCGAAUCAAAUCAAAAGGAUUGAUACGAAAUGGAAAAUAUAUUCAACCAUAUGCUAUGGGAUUAAUGAUAUGUGUAUAUUGUGGGAAAUUAUACACAAAACAAGUGGAAUUGUUAUGCCACAUAAAAAUCAAUCAUUGUAUAAAAGGAAACAUUUUUUUUAAGAUGAAAAUUCACCAUAAAAGUAAAAGUGAUUCAUGUAUUACGAAAAAUCUUGAUAUAAAAGAUGAAAUUGAAGUAGUUGAACAUGAAAUGAAAAUGGAACUGCAGAAUACCACAAACCAGUUGGAUCAAUCAAAUCUAACUAAUUCAAAUAUACAUUCACAUACUUACACAAGGACAAAACCAUUCAAAUGUGACAUUGGUAGGAAACCAUUCUCUAGUAAUAUACAAAUGUAUGGUCACACGGGAGAAAAGCCAUUCAAGUGUGAUAUUUGCUAUAAAACUUUUUCGCAGAGCAGUGGUUUGAAGAGACAUUUACGUAGUCAUACAGGAGAAAAACCAUUUGAAUGUGACAUUUGCUUAAAAACUUUUUCACACAAGGGUAACUUGAAGACACAUUUGCGUAGUCAUACAGGAGAAAAACCAUUCAAAUGUGACAUUUGUUUGAAAACUUUUCCUCAUAAGGGUAACUUAAAGACACAUUUCCGUAGUCAUACAGGAGAAAAGCCAUUCAAAUGUGACUUUUGUUUGAAAACUUUUCCACAUAAAAAUACUUUGAUGACACAUUUACGUAGUCAUACAGGAGAAAAACCAUUUAAAUGUGAUAUUUGUUUAAAAACUUUUUCAGAUAGGAGUAAUUUGAUGAGACAUUUACGUAGUCAUACAGGAAAAAGUAAUUCUGAUGUGAAAUUUGUUUGAAAACUUUUCCUCAUAAGGGUAACUUGAAGACACAUUUCCAUAGUCAUACAGGAGAAUAGCCAUUCAAAUGUGACUUUUGUUUGAAAACUUUUCUACAUAAAAAUAUUUUGACCACAUAUUUACUUAGUCAUACAGGAGGAAACCAGGAGGAAACUUUUUCAGAUAGGUGUAAUUUCAUGAGACAUUUAUGUAGUCAUACAGGAAAAAGUCAUUCUAAUGUUGUAUUUGUUUGAAAUCAUUUUCAUGGAAAAUUCAUUUGAAGAAAUGUUUGCGUAAUCAUACAGAACAAAAAUGGUUUAAUUGUAAUAUUUGUUUCAAAAAUUUUUCAGAGUAUUUGAGGAUACAUUUGAUUAUUCAUAUAGAAAAAAAAAAGGAAAUAUGACAUAUUUGUGAAAACUUAUUCAUAGAUACUUAAAUAGUUCAUAGAUAAAUAGAUACUGGAGAAAAUACAUUCAAUUUUUAUAUUUGUUUGAAACCAUUUUCUAAUGAAAAUAGUUUGAAAUAAAUAUGUGUAGUCACACAUUAAAAUAGAUAUUCAACAUUCCUGUAUACUUAUUCUUACAAUGAUGGAUAGGUUAGGUUGAAGUAUUAAUAUAAAAUAAAAAUUAAGAAAUGAAUAUUUCAUCAUUAUUCAAUGCACUUUUUAUAUUUAGUUUUUUGUACUGUAUUUUUUUCAUAUAUUUUGUUUUAUCAUCUUUACAUAAUUUAAUAUGGAAAAUACAUAAUUUUUUUAUAACUCCUAGUUAUAACUUUAAUCUGUCGCCUAGCUGGACAUAGGCGUUCUUACUUUUUAUGUUAUUUUAUUUUAUAUUUGUUUAAUUUUAAACAGAAUACACGCAGUUUAUUUUAUAA